AUGGCGUCGGCGUUGUUCUUUCUCGAUCUGAAGGGCAAGACCCUGCUUGCGCGAAACUACCGGGGCGAUGUCCCUAUGUCAGCGGUUGAGAAGUUCCCCAUUCUGCUCUCCGAAGCUGAGGAAGAGUCUUCUGCGGUGCCUCCGUGCUUCUCUGAUGAGGGGAUCAACUAUCUAUACAUCCGGCAUAGCAACCUAUACCUCCUUGCCUUGACAAAACGCAACACAAAUGCCGCAGAGAUCCUCUUAUUCCUCCACAAGAUCGUAGAAGUGUUUACAGAAUACUUCAAAGAGUUAGAGGAGGAAUCAAUACGCGACAACUUUGUGAUCAUCUAUGAGCUGUUGGAUGAGAUGAUGGACUUUGGAUACCCUCAGACGACCGAAUCGAAAAUCCUGCAAGAGUACAUUACCCAAGAAUCGCACAAACUCGAAGUCCAAGCCCGACCACCCAUUGCUGUCACCAAUGCUGUAUCAUGGAGAAGUGAAGGCAUUAGAUACCGAAAGAAUGAAGUCUUUCUGGACGUCAUUGAAUCGCUCAAUCUGUUGGUCUCAUCCACUGGCAGCGUUCUCCGGUCGGAGAUACUGGGGGCCAUCAAGAUGAAAUGUUACCUUUCAGGCAUGCCUGAACUUCGGCUGGGGCUGAACGACAAAGCCAUGUUUGAGUCGACAGGAAGGGCAACACGUGGCAAAGCCGUCGAGAUGGAAGAUGUCAAGUUUCAUCAAUGCGUCCGGCUAUCAAGAUUUGAGAAUGACCGAACGAUCAGCUUUAUACCACCGGACGGAGAAUUUGAGCUUAUGAGCUACCGUCUCAACACCGCCGUAAAGCCUCUUAUAUGGGUAGAGUGUGUUGUUGAGUCACAUUCUGGAUCCAGGAUUGAGUAUAUGCUCAAGGCCAGGGCGCAGUUCAAACGGCGGUCGACCGCCAACAAUGUUGAGAUCAUUAUACCCGUGCCCGAUGAUGCAGAUUCACCCAGGUUCCGGACAAACAUUGGUUCGGUACACUACGCGCCCGAGAAGUCUGCCAUUGUCUGGAAGAUCAAACAAUUUGGCGGAGGAAAGGAGUUCUUGAUGCGAGCAGAGCUCGGACUCCCUAGCGUUAAGGGUGACGAUGAGCGCGGUGGUGGAAUGACCGGCGGGUUUGGUGGCAGCAUGGGAGGCAUAACAGGUGAAGGCAAAGCAAAACGACCUAUCAACGUCAAAUUCGAAAUCCCAUAUUUCACAACCAGUGGAAUUCAGGUGAGAUAUCUGAAAAUCAUCGAACCAAAGUUGCAAUAUCCUUCAUUACCCUGGGUCAGAUAUAUCACCCAGUCUGGCGAUAUCGCCGUGCGGUUACCUGAUGUGCAAGGUUGA